AUGAACCGUUUGGGGCAAAUCCGGUUGCCCCCCUUGUCAGCCGCCGUUAACGUGGCUAGUCAGAUUCGUCGGCAGAUGAUUCCCAAUAGACCGGAGGAGCCUCAACGUAUCGCAGGUGAGAGGGUGCACUUUGCCCAAUUGCCCGACCAAAACCAUACCACCCAUGGGACGGUGGAUGAACACCACGAGAUGAGCAAUAUGAAGACUACUAAUCCUUUCCUGAACAUGGAGCAAAACAAUUAUCAGAAUCAAGCCGAAGACAGUUUCAAUGAAGGGUAUCAAAGGCAACAGAGUAGGAUGUCAUCUGUUGACUUUUCAGAAGGGUCUGAUUUCGUCGAGGGAAAGAGCGAUGUUAAAAUAAACGAAUAUCAGGCGGCAUGGAACGUUACUAACGCCAUUCAGGGAAUGUUUAUUGUUUCCCUUCCGUUUGCUGUUUUACGUGGGGGAUAUUGGGCCAUAGUAGCGAUGGUAGGUAUUGCCUAUAUUUGCUGUUAUACUGGCAAAAUUCUGGUGGAGUGCCUGUACGAGUUUGACAUCCAAACUGGAAAGCAAGUAAGAGUGAGGGAUUCCUAUGUGGCCAUUGCGAAGGAAUGUUUUGGUAAAAAAUAUGGAGCCCGCGUAGUAAAUGUGGCACAAAUCAUCGAAUUGCUUAUGACUUGCAUAUUAUACGUGGUGGUAUGCGGUGAUUUGAUGAAAGGUACCUUUCCAGACGGAGCUAUCGACACCAGGUCAUGGAUGAUGCUUGUUGGUAUUUUGUUAAUUCCUUUAGCAUUUCUAAAGUCCCUAAAAAGUGUCAGCGUCCUGUCAUUUUGGUGCACUAUGUCUCACAUCUUCAUCAAUGCUGUUAUUCUCGGCUACUGUCUACUGUACAUAGGAGACUGGGGUUGGAGCAAAGUCAAGUGGACUCUGGAUUUAGAAAAUUUUCCAAUCAGCCUGGGAGUCAUAGUAUUCUCCUACACGUCCCAAAUAUUUCUACCAACCCUUGAAGGCAACAUGGAGGAUCCUUCAAAGUUCCAGUGGAUGCUGGAUUGGUCUCAUGUCUGGGCAGCGAUAUUCAAAGCGAUGUUUGGAUACGUUUGCUUCUUAACAUUUCAAAAUGACACGCAACAAGUGAUCACAAAUAAUUUACCCUCAGAGGGAUUCAAGGGAUUGGUAAAUAUUUGUUUGGUAAUGAAAGCGAUUCUUAGCUACCCCUUACCUUAUUACGCAGCAUGCGAACUAUUGGAGAGAGUUUUCUUCAGAGGAAAGCCAAAAUCGCCAUUUCCCACCAUUUGGGCUUUGGACGGCGACUUGAAAGUUUGGGGAUUGGCGUGGAGAGUAGGGGUAGUAGUUUUCACCAUUUUAAUGGCCUGUUUCAUCCCGCAUUUUUCGAUACUCAUGGGUUUCAUUGGCAGUUUUACCGGUACUAUGCUCAGCUUCAUUUGGCCGUGCUAUUUUCACCUUAAAUUGAAAAGAAACGGGAUGGAUACAAGGACAAUAGCUUUUGACUACUUCAUAAUUUUUUUAGGUUUCUUGUUUGGAAUUAUUGGUAUAUAUGAUAGUGGCAAUGCUCUGAUCAAAGCUUUCUCUAUCGGAUUACCAUUUUAA